UGAGACUUGCCUGAGCAGCGGCGCCAGGAGGACGUGCUCGAUGUUCUUGCGCGGAAUUUCGCUUCUUCUUUUUUCCGAUUCCUGCUACGAGUCGAAUCUGUGCUUUCUGAGAAAAAAAAAAAAAGGAAAAAAGAAGAUGCAUUUGGGCGUCGCGUGCGCGUUUAGGUUUCUGGGUUGCAAUCGGGUGUUGCGGGCCGAGGCCAUUCCGAUUCUGGGGAAGAAUCUGGAUUGCCUAUUCGGUUUUUCUUUAGAUAUCGACCGAAAGCUCGUGGGAUUCGUGGGAUUCAACAUAGGGGAUAUUAAGCAUAUCGAAAUGUGCAAUCAGCUGAUGAAAAUCAGGAUGUGCAGCAUUAUUCGGUGAAACUAGUAUCUCGUUUUUGUUCGUGGCACUGCCUGUCCCUUCCAAAAGGCUUGAGAUAGUUGAGGAAAUCUCCAGCGAGAUGAUGAAUGGUGCUGUUAAUGGCGCUACUAUGAAGAAUUCACUUGAGAAGCCCUUCAAGAUCUUCAUCGGGUACGAUCCACGCGAGGACCUUGCUUAUGAGGUCUGCCGCUACUCUAUUCUGAAGAGAUCAUCCAUUCCUGUUGACAUUAUCCCCAUCAAGCAAUCUGAAUUGAGGAAGAAUGGCUUGUAUUGGCGGGAGAGGGGGAAGCUCGAGAGCACCGAGUUCUCAUUUUCUCGGUUCUUGACUCCACAUCUGGCUAAUUAUGAUGGUUGGGCUAUGUUUGUGGACUGUGAUUUUCUCUACUUAGGGGACAUCAAAGAAUUGAGGGGCCUGGCGGAUGAUAAAUAUGCAGUAAUGUGUGUUCAACAUGAUUACACGCCUAAAGAGACCACAAAGAUGGAUGGAGCCGUGCAAACGGUGUAUCCCAGGAAAAACUGGUCUUCAAUGGUACUGUAUAAUUGUGGACAUCCCAAAAACAAGGUGUUGACACCUGAGGUGGUGAAUGCCCAGACAGGUGCUUAUUUGCACAGGUUUCAGUGGCUUGAUGACAGUGAGAUUGGCUCGAUACCGUUUGUGUGGAAUUUCCUUGUGGGGCAUAACAAGGUAGUCGAAAAUGAUCCCAGUACGUUCCCUAAAGCCAUACAUUACACCCUUGGAGGUCCGUGGUUUGAAGCUUGGAAGAACUGUGAGUUUGGAGAUUUAUGGACCAAAGAAUCCGAAGAGUAUCAGAAGCAGGACAAAUCCAAAGUAGAAUAGCUGUGUACUAAGAUUAUUUUACUAUGAUUAGUUAAGGUCGUCAUGAUGCUUCGUUCUCAUUGCUUGAUAUAUUUGUUAUUCCAUUUUGGCUUUAAGAUGCUAAUUCUAUUAGCUAUUACUAAUGUGGGGUGUUGCUGGCAUAUGCCACGUAUUAGAUGUUCUCAAGUAUCUACCAUUUUUUCAUUUGUAAUAGAUGAGUGUGAUGCGAUAGCAUAUAUUUAAAUAUUCAAUAAUUCUUAAGAUGUCAUCAGUGUUCGAUGAGAAAUUUAUCACUUCUGAUGGUUUUUGCUGA